UUUACUUACAGAAAAAUGGAUCGAAACAACGCAGGACCCAAACGCAUACCUCCGAUACGUGUCUCCGCAUCUGAUGACAGCGAAGAAGAAAUAGAUCGAGAGAUUAUUAAGUCGUUGACCAGAGCUCAUCCAACGAAUGCUGAAGUGAAUGUGGAUGAGAUGAUUGCAUUGCAACAGCAAGAGAGUACGAACGCAAAUCUUCAGCCUGCACCGAUGGCUGCAUCAACGUCACUGGCAAAAAGCCCAAAACGACCUAAUCAGGAUUUAAUAACUGACGACGAUAUGGCUGAUGUGGUUGAGAUGAUUGCAUUGAACGAAAUUCAACAGCAAGAGAAUACGAACGAAAAUCUUCAGCCUGCACCGAUUGCAUCAACGUCACUAGCAGAAAGCCCUAAACAAAGUAAGCAGGAUUUUCUAACUGACGACGACAUGGCUGAUAUAGAAGUUAGUCAGCUAACGAGUUCGUUUGAGUCGAGAAACAGACCCGGUACCUCCGCAGUAUUAAAAAAAACCAAUCGCAUCGCUUCCUUCAUCUAUUCCUCGUCGUUGUCAAUGGAAUAAAGAAAAUCCAAUCGU